AUGGCGGUCUCGUUCAGCUUGACAACAGUCAACAAGCGCAAGCUUUAUGAAACGCAUGACAAGUGUAAUUAUACAUUAGUUUCCCCAAAAAGAAUAAUAAAUCCAUAUAGAACCAUUUUAAUGAACAUUGUCCCUCAGAAACCAUUUGGCUCAUUUUAUUUAAAGUGUGCAGCUUGCUUAGCCGUGGCUAACCAGAUAAGUAGAAUUGUAGAGAACAUCACAGAACAACCUAAAACAAGGCAAAUAUGUCAAGAUUCUAUUAACAAGGAUGUUUCUAACAAAGUAAAUGGAUUAUGCUCACAAGGAUUCAAAAAUUAUGAUUUACGUAGAUGCAAGGAAUUUAGUCUAGUUACUGAUAAAUUUAAAUGUACAGAACAUGUAAGAAGUACCAUGGAUGGAGGAUGGACAAAAAAAUUAAGAGAAUUAUGCAGUUUAUAUACCGCACAUAUGGAUUUAGAACAUAUUAGUAAUAUUUAUACAAAUAAUACGCAAGAAUUAAGCUCUCACUUAUGCAAGUAA